AUGUUCAGAGCUGACAACGGCGAAGCCCUCCCCGAGUCCAUCCCCUCAGCUCCUGGGACACUGCCUCAUUUCAUAGAGGAGCCAGAUGAUGCUUAUAUCAUCAAGAGCAACCCCAUCGCACUGAGGUGCAAAGCGAGACCAGCCAUGCAAAUAUUCUUCAAAUGUAAUGGCGAGUGGGUCCAUCAAAAUGAGCACGUCUCUGAGGAGAGUCUGGAUGAGAGUUCAGGCUUGAAGGUCCGGGAGGUGUUUAUCAACGUCACCAGGCAGCAGGUAGAGGACUUCCACGGGCCAGAGGACUACUGGUGCCAGUGCGUGGCAUGGAGCCACCUGGGGACCUCCAAAAGCAGGAAGGCCUCCGUGCGCAUAGCUUAUUUAAGGAAAAACUUCGAACAAGAUCCACAAGGAAGGGAGGUGCCCAUUGAAGGCAUGAUAGUGCUGCAUUGCCGGCCACCUGAGGGAGUCCCUGCUGCUGAGGUGGAAUGGUUGAAAAAUGAGGAGCCCAUUGACUCCGAGCAAGAUGAAAACAUUGAUACCAGGGCUGACCACAACCUCAUCAUCCGGCAGGCGCGCCUCUCCGACUCCGGCAAUUACACCUGCAUGGCAGCCAACAUCGUGGCCAAGAGGAGGAGCCUGUCAGCCACGGUGGUGGUUUAUGUGAAUGGAGGCUGGUCUUCCUGGACAGAGUGGUCAGCCUGCAAUGUUCGCUGUGGUAGAGGAUGGCAGAAACGUUCCCGGACCUGCACCAACCCAGCUCCUCUCAAUGGUGGGGCCUUUUGUGAGGGAAUGUCAGUGCAGAAAAUAACGUGCACUUCUCUUUGUCCUGUGGAUGGGAGCUGGGAAGUAUGGAGUGAAUGGUCAGUCUGCAGCCCAGAGUGCGAGCAUUUGCGGAUCCGGGAGUGCACGGCACCACCCCCAAGAAACGGGGGCAAAUUCUGUGAAGGGCUCAGCCAGGAAUCUGAAAACUGCACAGAUGGUCUCUGCAUUCUAGAUAAAAAACCUCUUCAUGAAAUAAAACCCCAAAGCAUUGAGAAUGCCAGCGACAUUGCUUUGUACUCGGGCUUGGGCGCUGCCGUGGUGGCCGUUGCAGUCCUGGUCAUUGGUGUCACCCUUUACAGACGGAGCCAGAGUGACUAUGGCGUGGACGUCAUCGACUCUUCUGCAUUGACAGGUGGCUUCCAGACCUUCAACUUCAAAACAGUCCGUCAAGGUAACCCCCUGCUUCUGAAUUCCUCCAUGCAACCAGACCUCACGGUCAGCCGAACAUACAGCGGGCCCAUCUGCCUACAGGACCCGCUGGACAAAGAACUCAUGACAGAGUCUUCGCUCUUUAACCCUUUGUCCGACAUCAAAGUCAAAGUUCAGAGCUCAUUCAUGGUUUCCCUGGGAGUGUCUGAAAGAGCUGAGUACCAUGGCAAGAAUCAUUCCGGGACUUUUCCCCAUGGAAACAACCGUAGCUUUAGUACGAUGCACCCCAGAAAUAAAACACCCUACAUCCAGAAUCUAUCAUCACUUCCCACAAGGACAGAACUGAGGACCACUGGUGUCUUUGGCCACUUGGGAGGACGCUUAGUCAUGCCAAAUACAGGGGUGAGUUUGCUCAUACCACAUGGCGCCAUCCCAGAAGAGAAUUCUUGGGAGAUUUAUAUGUCCAUCAACCAAGGUGAACCCAGCCUCCAGUCGGAUGGAUCUGAGGUGCUCCUGAGUCCUGAAGUCACCUGUGGCCCCCCAGACAUGACCGUCACCACACCCUUUGCAUUGACCAUACCACACUGUGCGGACGUCAGUUCUGAGCACUGGAACAUCCAUUUAAAGAAGAGGACGCAGCAGGGCAAGUGGGAGGAAGUGAUGUCAGUGGAGGAUGAAUCCACAUCCUGUUACUGCCUUUUGGACCCCUUUGCAUGUCAUGUGCUCCUGGACAGCUUUGGGACCUACGCCCUCACCGGAGAACCAAUCACAGACUGUGCCGUGAAGCAACUCAAGGUGGCGGUUUUUGGCUGCAUGUCCUGUAACUCUUUGGAUUACAACUUGAGAGUCUACUGUGUGGACAAUACUCCUUGGGCAUUUCAGGAAGUGGUUUCAGAUGAAAGGCAUCAAGGUGGACAGCUUCUGGAAGAACCAAAGUUGCUGCAUUUCAAAGGGAAUACCUUUAGUCUUCAGAUCUCUGUCCUUGACAUCCCCCCGUUCCUCUGGAGGAUUAAACCCUUCACUGCAUGCCAGGAGGUACCGUUCUCCCGCGUGUGGUGCAGUAACCAACAGCCCCUGCACUGUGCCUUCUCCCUGGAGCGCUACACACCCACCACCACCCAGCUGUCCUGCAAAAUCUGCAUCCGGCAGCUCAAAGGCCAUGAACAGAUCCUCCAAGUGCAAACAUCAAUCCUAGAGAGUGAAAGAGAAACCAUCACUUUCUUUGCACAAGAGGACAGCACUUUCCCUGCACAGACUGGCCCCAAAGCCUUCAAAAUUCCCUACUCCAUCAGACAGCGGAUUUGUGCUACAUUCGAUACCCCUAAUGCCAAAGGCAAGGACUGGCAGAUGUUAGCACAGAAAAACAGCAUCAACAGGAAUUUAUCUUAUUUUGCUACACAAAGUAGUCCAUCCGCUGUCAUUUUGAACCUGUGGGAAGCUCGUCAUCAGCACGAUGGUGAUCUUGACUCCCUGGCCUGUGCCCUUGAAGAGAUUGGGCGGACACACACGAAACUCUCAAACAUUACAGAAUCCCAACUCGAUGAAGCCGACUUCAACUACAGCAGGCAAAAUGGACUCUAGUCCACUAUCGUUCAUGAGACAGUGACGGCCAGCUUCGGGACAUUUGCUUUAAAUGGGAAAGAGGCAGCUUUCGGCCCAGUGGCACUUGGGGAAUUCAGCCUUCAUUUACACUCAGAAUCCCUGGUUGAAGAAACUGCAUUCUAUAUAGGUGUACUAUGUUAAUAGGGAGAAGUACAAGCUCUCUUAAAUAUAAGAGGGCUCUACUGUCUCGUCUGAAUCCACACUCGGGUUAACACUUUAUGAACUUUCUCAGAUUUGGAGUGGCGAGAAUAAAAGUGAGGGCACAGCUAGAUAAAAGGGACUGUGGGAAAAGAUGAGCUACAAUAAAGCUGGGAAGGUAGAGAUUGAAUAGUGCAUGUUUUGAAGCAGGUUUUUAAUGACGUGCCCCAAAGGGCCAGCUGAUUCUGGUACCAGAUUGCCAGGGUUCUCUACCAACUGGCAUCUGUGAUGUCAGCAAUCAUUGUAACGUUGGCUUUUAGGAGUGAAACGGGGUUGCCAACCCAUUUAUUUGUAGGACUUCAAUAACGUCGAGGAGGGCAUUUAGAAUUUAGAAUCUGAGUACAUCACACCAGCACCAGUUCCCCAUUUAUCCUAGCCACUUAGUGGAAACAAGACCAGAAGGUAAGAUAGACCACAAACUAGUUCUUGCCAUGACCACCUUCAUUUUAUCCCAGAGACAAAUCUACCCACAUUUCCCCCCCCCCCUUCCUUACCCAUUACAUAGGAGUGGUUUCAAGGAGCAUAAGUAAACUGCUCAAUAUGGAAACUUAUGUCUUCUAAGUCAACGAAGCAGAGCUGUCUCUCUUCCCAGCUAAGCCUCUCAAAUUGCAGAGUGCUGUUAGAACACGACAUAUUACAUGGAUUUGGAGGGGAGGUCAAAUCGAGCCCAAGGAAAUACAUGAACUACAGAUGCCACACGCCUUUGAGAAGCUGUCACUCUGGGAUGGAGGAUGAAGGUGUUGACUCAGUUGCCCAACAUUGAUAUAAGGGGCUGAGGGGUUCUGCUACACUUUUCAAUCCAGGUUCUUGAAACUUUCUAGUCUGUUAUCACAAUAUCUCCCCAUAGGGCUAUAGGGCAUCCUCCUUUGCCUCUCCGAAAAUCAGCAGAUAGUCUUUGGUCUAAAUGAUAGGGGUCAGUAGACCUGAGGAAUAUGUCGACCACAAUGUCCCAGAAACCACAUGCGUUGUUCAGGAAGUUUCAACACCUGGUUGCUCAGCCUUACCAAGUAGGCUUUUUCUACAAGACCAUUAACACAGGACUAUUGCUUUCAGAUUCUUUUUUGAAAAAAAGAAGCAAUGGUAUUGUGGAAAACUGAAGUCCACAGAUAAUUCGUGACCCCCCCCCAUCUUAACAUGACUCCAUCUUUUAUACUAUUAAAUCAUUUUGAUAAGGUGUCCUGGUAGACUAAAGAUGAACAGAUCUGUUUCUGCUCUGGUUGAUGUUUUAAUUAGCUGUCCACAAUCAGGACAAGCAAGGUCAAGGACCUAGAUCAACCACGGGGCUGAUCAGCUACUUAGAAGUUGGCUUCAUUAGAAUAAAAAUAGGGAAAUUAGGGACUACUUGGCAGUGGGAUAUGGUCAUUUAAAAAAAAAACGUUUUUAUAAGUCCCAUGUAGGAAGAAAAAAUGUAAAUCCCCACCGAAGUAAAAAAGAACUAGAGAUAGGUGGAAUUUAUGAUACCAUGGGUAAGGCAUUAAGAACUCUUAAAUGUGUUAGCCAUGUUCUCUAACUAACGUGGUAUAUACAGUCCCCUGUAUUGGAUGAAAGGCUUUGCUACAUGAAAUCCAAAAGCAUCUUUCUUUUCUCAGGAACCAAAGGCAUCUUAUACAGAACGAGCAAAUCCUCUUAGAACUGCUGAGCAUAUUUUCAAAAUACCAUCUCUAGAUAAGGAAAACGCCCUUUUACUAAUGUCCUCUACUUGUUUAUUCCUUCGGGGGAGCAACAGAGAGAAGGGCAUGAGAGUGUAAAUCAUCUGACACCCUUGCUAUCAUUUCUGAAGGAGCAAGAAGUUGAAGUAGAUGGUCAGUCACCCAAAAUGAACUAGAGAGUUGAUUGGCAUGGUGGUAUACAGAAAGAAUCUGCAUUGACUGUUGGAUAAUAACUUACAGAAAACACAUUAGAGAGAACUUUUGUUAGUUUCCAUCUUGGAGAUGUUAAUAGGGAUUUAAAAAUCAUCCUGCCUCCCCCUCCCCCCCGCCUUUCCUUCUAAUUGGCCUUAUAAUUGCUUUCUAUAUUGCAUGCAUUCAAACAGAUUCUUUUUAGACCUGAUAUUUUUAUAUAUUAAAUGAAAAAUUUUAAUGUUUUCCCUAGAAUCUAAAUUAUUUUAAGAAAAGAGAUUAUCAUCAAUUCCUCAAUGUCUAGAAUUUCCUCCUAUGGAUUUUUUUUUUUUCUUUUCUUGGCCUGGGUUUUUAUAAAUGCUCAUGAUCAUCAUACCAUAUUGAGUAACUAAGGAUGCGAAUGAGCAUGAUUCACCUCUGACUUCUUCCUAAGGUUCAAAUCCAUCUGUCAGUCCAUUCUGCUCCCUCUUUUCCUUUCUCUUAUUUCUGUUAGAAUUCUGCAUAGGAUUUCUACAGAAAUGUAUGAAAUUCUGUGGCUGUCACAUGGCAGGAUUGUAUGGUAUUUUACAAUAGAAUUCCAAAGAGAACCCACGUUCAUGAGAUUCACAGACACAGCUGGGGGUGUGUCAGGGAGGAGUGGAAAAUGCAGACCAGAUAGACUUAACUGACACUGGAACUUGUGGUUACUGUGACCUAAACCCUUGUUCUAUGUUAACAUUUUCCUGUCACAACACAAACGCCGCCCCUCUAGAAACAGAGUCCCUGGUCAGUGCAAGUGCUUACCGCAGAAGUGUUAUUGUCCCAGUGCAAAACGAACCAAGAAGUUAAAAGUGGGCUGUGAUACCUGGUAGGUUACUUAGAAUUUUCACAAGAUAUCCCACUUAAGGACACAUCUGUCAGUCCUCAAAAGCAUUUAAGUCUAACGGUCAUGCUUUAAAACAGGACUUCAAAUUAUGCCACCAAAAGGGUGUACUUCCCAGCUGCACCAGACUGCCACAUCAUAAAGUUAAUUUACAGUUUUUACAACAUUGCUCGUGCAGUCUUACUGGUUUACAUUAAAAUCCUUUAAGCCAAAGGGAAGCUCACUCUAUGGAUUUCAACGCAAACUUCAUUUACCGGUGCAGAAAGUCUCAUAAAACUCAGAUGUAUGCCCACAAAAAUUUUAUUGGCCUUUUUGUAAGAGAUGAAUAGGAAUUGACACAGUUCUGUUUAAAGAGGAGAAAUUUUUCUCCCUUUUUAUUAUUUUUAUCUCCAGCUGCAGGUGUUAUCCUUUGCCAUGGUCCCUACAUUUUUCUUUCAGUUGACUUUGAGAGGGGUUAUUAAGUCAGAUGACUAAAACCGGGUUCUCUUUGGAUUAAAAAGUUCUGGAUUUAUUGCAACUAUUUUCCUUGACAAAAAUUCUCCACAUCGCAACUGAUAAGCGAAGGCGGAAUAUUAAAAUGGUGUACAGAUCUUCCUUGACUUAUGAGAGGGUUAUGUCCCCAUAAACCCAUCGUAAGUUGAAAAUAUUAUAACUCGAAAAAAACACUUAAUACGCCUAACCUGUCAAACACCAUAGCUUAGCCUAGGGUAACUUCAAUGUGCUCAGACUACUUCCGUUAGCCUUAGCCUACAUUUGGGCAAAAUCAUCCAACACAGAGUCUAGUUUACAAUGGAAGUGUUGAAAGUCUCAUGUGAUUGAAUACCGUACUGAAAGUGAACAACAGAAUGGUUACCGGUGUAUUGGUUGUUCACCCCUGCGAUGGUGUGGCGGAGGGGGGCUGCGGCUGCCCAUGCCCAAACAUCAUCAGAGAGUCCUCCCACAUAUGGCUAGCCCCGGAGAAGAUCCAAAUUCAGAGUUUCUAGUACAGUUCUACUGAAUGCCUAUCACCUUCAUACCAUCGUAAAGUCAGAAGAUGGUCAGUCGAACUGCCGUGAGUUGGGGACCAUCUAUAAUUGGUUUUAGAUAGUACUCUACACUUGCCAAACUUGUGGCAAAUCUGUGAAUUUCAAAUGUUAUAAAAAUCUUUUAAUGUGCUUGUUUUUCCUUUUCGCCAUUUUUGCUGCGAUUUCUUAGUCCUUCCCCAAAGGUGUGGAAUAGUAACUAUCAGAUGUGUUGAAGGUGAAGUUCCUCAGAGGUCUUUGUUCCAGAUCUGUGAAAGUCACAGGAACCUGAAGUUGCUGAGAAAUGUGCUUCUGUGGCCCAUGGCAUGGCCCAUUUCCAUUACUUUUUCUCAUGAAACAUUGCAGAGUUCUGAAUCCUGGUACCUCCCAUUGACCGGACUAGGGGUCACAUCCAUAGCAAAUGGGAGAGUAAAAUGUUGUCCUACAGAUAGUGACAAAAUUUUAUGAGCCCUUCGGUGUUAGUUACCAUAGCGGUGUAUUUGAAAAAUCGAUGUUUUCUCCAAAAGCUGAACGGCCACCCUUCCCGCAGCUUCCACUGUUUUGUCUGCAUAGAAUUUUCCUGAACUACAAAGCAAAAAUGUAUUUUGUCAAAUGUCACAAAGUGAAAAUGUUGCUAAUCUUAGAUGUGUUACAUAUUUUGUGUUUUUACUUUCCACACUCUUUCAAAAGCUGCAGUUAUAAAGCUGUUUGGCUGUAUUGACAGCAUGUGGUGUUUUUUGCAAAAGCAGUUCUAGGAGAGCCAGCGUCUACCAUGGACUCCUCACAUCCCCCUCCAGGGUCGUCAGCAAAAAUCAAAAUGGCAAUUCGUGUGCUGUGUUUUUUCAAAAGACAAAAGGGGAUGGAAAUCAGACCUGGCCGUUAGUCACUAGUGUGUAGUACUGUGAUCUGAAGUAGGAAAUUUAACUCACAUAGAAUAAUUGUGGUUUUUGAAGCAGCUACUUUGCUUUUUCCUUUUGCUGUGAAGAUCACGGAUUUGGAAUGUCCUCAUGAGGUGGGCCUAAGACGGUGACAGUGAACUGUGCGUCUUAGCACCCACCCUCCAUCUGAACCCAAAGAUUAAAAAGGCAGUAAGCUUCAUGUUUAGGCCUGAGCUUAACAAUGUCCUCCUCCACCUUUAAGAUUAAGUUGGGCAGAGGAUACAUCCUCUUUUCCAAAAAGGUAUAGCCCUGAAUUACAAAAUUGAUCACUAAAUUUCGUAAGGUAACUCUUUGCGUGAGUGGCAAUGUGUCUCAACUACUUUUACAAAAGGCAUGAUUACAACAAAAAUGUCCUUUUGCCUCAAAUCUUUCUUAACCCCCAAGAGUAUUUCACUAUUGCAAGCAUUACUUCCGUACAAAUUCCAAAGUUGGAUAAAUGCUACAAGUCCCUUAAAAUUAAACAUAUGGAAGAUAGACAUUUAACUAUGGUUCUUUUGAAUCAUGAGAAUAUCAUGAGGGAGUUUGUAAGCAGAAUAUCUUGCCUUAUCACCUCCAUUAUUGAAACAGACAUUACAAUCAGAAAGAGAUCUAAUAAUUCCAAUAUCCCUCAUUAGCAAGCUCUGAUGAUGCCUGAAAUAAGAGCACCCCUUAUCAAGAGGCUUUUAUCUAAGCCUUAUCAGAAUUAGCUAAAAAAUUUCAAUCAGAAACACUCUCUACAGUCCAGCCUAGAUUAUGAAGGCCCUUCCCAUUCAACACGUCUCAAGAAGAUGAAAAAAAAUUCAGUGUGGGAAUUUUCUGGUGAGGAAAACAGUAUUCUCCUUUCCCAAGUUGGAAUCAAGACAGAUCUUAAGAUUUCCCCUUCUUCACAAUUGUUUCUAAUUGGUACACACAAUGCGGUAUGUGUUGACCUAGAAAUAUUGCAAAUACAAGCAGUUAGAGGAUUAACUGGUUGCUCCUUCUAACCCAGAAUCAAAAAAUAUGAGUAAUUGUUUACCACCAUUUCUGUAUGGAAGAAUUUUAAAGCAGAUUUCAUUUUGUCCUGUUUAUUUUGGGAAGGUGCGGGGGGGGGUGGUUUUUUCAAGUGAUUCAUAUUUCAAACCCAUACCACUCUCAACUUUCAUUUGAUGUGUUCAAAGCCAAAAAAA